ACCAUGGAUCAAAAUGUACGAUUUCAUCCACUAAUAAGCUCGAUACAGAAAGUGGCUUUGUUCGAGACAAAGGCGAAACUCUACCUUAUCGGCAGCAACAGUAAAGAAACGCGCUUUCGCGUGCUAGAAAUUGAUAGACGUGCUCCGGAACUUACAAUCUAUGAAAAUCCAAACGAGCUCGAAAAGGGUGACAUCCGCAAAUUUGUUCAAUCGCGCUCCUUCAUCCGGUCGAUCAGUGCGUAUGGUGUGCUGGGGUUUGUAAAGUUUCUCGAAGGUUACUAUUUGAUUCUGGUCACAAAACGCACACGAUGCGCUUUUAUUGGCAAGCAUAUCAUAUACACCAUCAAGGAUACGGCCAUGAUACGGGUGAACGAAUCGUCGGGCAAACAGAUGCACCCGUUGGAACAGCGCUACGUGAAGAUGUUUAACAAUGUGGAUUUAAAUAGCAACUUCUACUUUAGCUACAGUUAUGACCUCACGCACAGCUUGCAGUACAAUCUGGCUGCGCCCAAGUUCGUGGGAACGCGAUGCGACAUUGUCCAGGAUGAGCCCUUGGUGUGGCAGAAUCGAACCGGCGAAAAGAUUACGUACGCAUUCCGGGGUGUAUCGCGGGAACGAUUCGUGUGGAAUGCGUUCCAUCUUAAGCCACUGCGAGACGUUGUACAUAAGGAUUGGAUGCUGGAAAUCAUACACGGCUUCAUCAGCCAAUCCAGCAUCAGCAUAUUCGGUCGGCAGGUGUACGUUUGCCUGAUAGCACGACGAAGCACUCGGUACGCCGGGACUCGAUUCCUGAAGCGUGGCGCAAACUUUCACGGUGACGUUGCGAAUGAGGUUGAAACGGAGCAGAUCGUGCUGGAUGGCAAUCGGAUGUGCAGUUUCACCCAACUUCGAGGCUCUGUUCCCUCACAUUGGUCACAGGACGUCAGCAAAAUGGUACCAAAACCACAGAUCGCUAUCGAUCUGUCUGAUCCGUACGGUGAAACGGCGGGCAAACACUAUCAGCGCCUGAUGUUCCAUUAUGGCGCUCCCGUGAUCAUACUGAACUUGGUGAAAACGAGAGAAAAGCGUCGCCACGAAAGUCUUCUCAGCGAGGAAAUGUAUUCGACGGUAAGCUACCUGAAUCAAUUUCUUCCGCCACAUCUCCGCAUACGGUACAUCGACUUCGAUAUGGCACGCAAAAGCCGGGGCACGGGAAAUGUGAUGGAAAAGUUGGCGAAGAUUGCGGAAACAGUGAUCCAGCAGACGGGCAUGUUUUAUUCGGACGAUGAGCGAAACCAAAGGCAGACCGGUAUUGUGCGCGUCAACUGUGUCGAUUGUCUGGAUCGUACCAAUACGGCACAGUUUGCGAUCGGGAAGUGUGUGCUGGCACACCAGCUGUACGAUCUAGGGUUCCUGAAGGAACGCAAGCUAGAGUUUGAAUCGGAUUGUAUAACGAUGCUGGAGAAUCUGUACGAAGAUCAUGGCGAUACGUUGGCGCUUCAGUACGGUGGCUCGCAGCUAGUGCAUCGGAUAAAAACCUACCGGAAGACGGCGGUAUGGGCCUCACAGGGCAAUGACAUUAUGCAAACGCUCAGCCGAUACUACAGCAACACGUUCAGCGAUACAGAAAAACAGCACAGCAUCAAUUUGUUCCUUGGGUACUACAUUCCUUCGAAGGCGGAAGUAAACAGACCUCUUCAUAUAUGGGAUCUGGAGACUGACUUUUACAUUCACAACUCGCGGUUCGAUGAGAUCAGACAGAUUUCAUCCACCCCGCUAACGCAAUGGGUUAGUCCGUUCGUGAUGAACUGCCUGCCGGCCGCCGUAAGCGAUGAGAAUCGCGUCGUAAAGGAGCUGAUCAAAAUCCAUUCGCCAGAUGCCGAAAUAAUUGAUUACUAUUCCAACUUCCAUUACGAUUACAAGCUUACAUCGUUCGAGGAACACAUCGACUACCAGCUAAGCCAUCUGUCACGGAAUCUGGCACCGGCCUUCCGGUCUAAUUUUAGCCCGUUCGAGCCAAUUCGACGACAGCAAAGUACGGCACUGAAAAAUCCUUCCCUUACGGGCCAAUCGUCGACGAGUUCGGCAAAUAGCUCGUCGUCCGACCGGUCGGACGAUGAAUCGGAAUCGGACGAGGAGGAUAAGAGUAGUCGCAAUGCAGCAGCACCGACGAGCAGCAGUAACAACAGUAGCCGGGCAGAGGAUCCCGUCACGCUGAGCUCCAUGUUUCCGAUGACGAAUGAUAUAUAUGGGUUCGAGAUACGGAUGCCGAAUAAGGCGGACAUGCUAAAGUACGAAAAGUAUGCAGAAAUUAAUCGUAUCUCUAGCUCAUCCGGUGGACCGAUUCGACCGUCCUCGCCCCACCAACACAACCGCCAUGCGCAGAUGAACGAGAGUGGGGGACUUUCGAUACACAACAAUGAAAUUAUCAUCGCGAACGGAACAACCGAGAAGGACAUCCAGCACGAUAUGCCGAUUCCGACCGUAAGCGAGGAAAGUGUGGCAAUCUACGAGAAGUACUGUGCGCUGAAGUAUACCAUCAUGCACAAUUACCAGUGCGAUCCAAAGAUACUGGAGUACGUUAGUAUGUUCGCAUAG